GACUGCGAGCCCGGAGCCGAGGAGCAGCGCCAGGCAGCCAGCGAGCGAGCGAGCGAGCCAGCCAGUGGGCAGCCACCAGCUGCUGCUACGGGCACCGGCGCGGGAGCAGAGCGGCUCGCCCGCCCGCGAUGCUCCGUGGCCAGCUGGCGAGCAUGGCACUCGCCGCGCGGCAUCCCACCUACUCGGUGCCAAGGUGGCUGCUGCUGCUGUUGUGGAGCUUGCUUCUGGCUUGGCCUGGUGAAGGAUCCCCGCGCAGUGAGCCCAUGUUCACAGCCAUCACGGACAGAGUCCUCCCCCCUGACUAUGACAGCAACCCCACCCAGCUCAAUUAUGGCGUGGCUGUGACUGAUGUGGACCAAGAUGGAGACUUCGAGAUUGUCGUGGCUGGAUACAAUGGGCCCAACCUGGUGCUGAAGUAUGACAAGGCACGGGGGCAGCUGGUGAACCUUGCGGUGGAUGAACGUAGCUCCCCAUACUAUGCACUGCGGGAUCGCCAAGGCAAUGCAAUUGGAGUGACAGCUUGUGACAUUGAUGGAGAUGGGCAGGAAGAGAUCUACUUCCUCAACACCAAUAAUGCCUUCUCUGGUGUAGCCACCUAUACAGACAAGCUGUUCAAGUUCCGCAAGGGACGCUGGGAGGACAUCUUGAGCGAUGAGGUGAAUCGGGGUGUGGCCAGCCGGUUUGCUGGGCGCUCGGUGGCUUGUGUGGACAGGACGGGUUCUGGCCGGUAUGCCAUCUACAUAGCUAACUAUGCCAAUGGAAGAGUUGGCCCCCAUGCCCUCAUUGAGAUGGACACUGCAGCCAGUGACCCAGAGCGUGGCAUUGUGGCACUGAAUGACGUGGCUGCAGAUGCGGGAGUCAACAAAUUCACAGGGGGCCGGGGCGUGGCUGUGGGGCCCAUCCUGAAUGAAGCAGCCUCUGACAUAUUUUGUGACAAUGAGAAUGGGGCCAACUUCCUCUUCCGUAACCAGGGUGAUGGUACCUUCAUAGAUGUAGCACCCAGUACUGGCCUGGAUGACCCUUACCAGCACGGCCGGGGUGUGGCACUGGCCGACUUCAACCGUGAUGGCAAAGUCGACAUAAUCUACGGCAACUGGAAUGGACCCCACCGGCUCUAUCUGCAGAUGGGUGCAGGUGGGCGAGUCCGCUUCCGGGACAUUGCCACGCCCAAACUGUCCAUGCCAUCACCUGUCCGCACCGUCAUCGCUGCUGACUUUGACAAUGACCAGGAGUUGGAGGUCUUCUUCAACAACAUCGCCUAUCGCGGCUCCUCCGCCAACCGCCUCUUCCGGGUUGCCCGCCGAGAGCAUGCUGACCCAGCCAUUGAGGAACUGAAUCCUGGGGAUUCCUUGGAACCUGAGGGACGUGGCACAGGUGGGGCAGUGGUAGACUUUGAUGGCGAUGGAAAGCUGGACCUGAUCCUGUCGCAUGGAGAAUCCAUGGCACAGCCACUUUCCGUCUUUAAAGUCAAUCAGGAUGCUGGCCACAACUGGCUGCGAGUGAUUCCACGCACACGCUUUGGGGCAUUUGCUCGUGGUGCAAAGGUGGUGCUGUUCACGAGGCAUAGUGGUGCCCAUCUGCGCAUCAUCGACGGAGGGUCUGGGUACUUGUGUGAGAUGGAGCCCGUUGCCCAUUUCGGCCUGGGACAGGAUGAGCCCAGCAGCCUAGAGGUGACCUGGCCGGAUGGCAAGUUUUUCAGCCGCACUGUAGUGAGCAGCGAGACCAAUUCAGUGCUGGAAAUCCCCUACCCUCGUGAUAGUGAGGGAUUACCCCCUCUUGUACUUCCUCUGGAGUGCGGCCAAGGAUUCUCUCAGCAUGAAAAUGGGCGCUGUGUUGAUACAGAUGAGUGUGUAGAGUUUCCUUUUGUCUGUCCACGGGACAGGCCUGUCUGCAUCAACACAUAUGGUGGAUACCGUUGCCGCAGCAACAAGCGCUGCAACCGGGGCUUUGAGCCCAGUGAGGAUGGCACAGCUUGUGUUGCUCAAGUGGCCUUUUUUGGUGGAUACCCUUCUUCAGGGAGCUGGCUGGGCCCCAUCUUGCCCUCAGCCCCUCUCCUUCCACUCUGCCUCGGAUUCUGCUUUCACUCCUAUGCACUUUAAGCCUUGCCAAUAAAGGACAGAAGCCGCCUUUAUGGAUGAACUGGCCUCCCCUGUACUCCUUCCCUCUGAUUUCUCUCAUCCAGUCUUCUCAUGGUAGCCCUUGGGAACAUGGACUGAGGUGGGGGCAGCCAUCUUUGGAAAGGGCGCUGUGCAGCCCAGGCAGUGAGGCUGUCAGUACUGGCACACCCCUUGCAUGUUUUCUGAGAAAACAGACAGGGCAGAGGCCCCACCACAUGCUUUGUCUCCUCAGUGUGGCUGCCUUCUUCCUCAGAGCCUGCCCUUAACCAAAAUGGAGGCUCCCGCUGGUAGUUGCUUGCUCAGUUAAAACUGAUACAAUUACCCUGUGCCUGCUGGUUUGGCCUGCAACAUAACUGCUUCCCUCCCUCCCUUCCUCCUCCUCCUCCUCCUCCCCCAGCCCGACUGGACCGGGAUUCACCUCUGAUCUUGUUUUACCAUUAUGUGUCUGCAGUUUGAACCCGCUCAGUCUUCCAGCUGAAGCAUUGCCCUCCUGUCCACCCAAUAAACUCUACACUGUCUAUAAGCA